AUGUUACUCAUCAAUAUGGUUGCCAUGGGGAUGUCUACAUUCGGAACGACUACAAAUGGUGGAUUGCCAGGAGGAAUAUUCCGAAAAUGUAAGAAACGGGGAAGAAAAAAUAAGAACGAAGGUGUAUCAGUAGAGGAAAAAUAUGUUGAAAUCUUGAACCAGAGCCCACAAAACCAAACUACCAUCUCGGCGAGCGGCUACGCGACCGGUGGUCUCUUCCUCUUCUUUCCUCGCGAUUCACAUGGUAUCGAUCCACGCGGUCACGCCGUCUGGGUUCCGGAGACAUUGAGUAGUCUGUAUCGGAGUAGUAAUGACGUCUUCGACGCGGUCUUGAAUCAUCCGAGUAAGACUAUUCAGAGUCAAAAGUGCUUUCCGAGGACGAAUAUCUCCGGUCGUGUCGUCUACGUGGCGAUGGUGAUCUGGAGUACGAUCUCCCACUGCCCAUCUCGACGUCCUCGAUCCUUGGAUGGUACGGUGGCGGCGGUGUCGGCAUUCUUGGCCGCGGCGGUGUCGGCGCUCUGGGAUGGUUUGGAUCAUUCCAACUCGAGGGCCUUCUUGAUAGAGAUUAGUGGACAACGUCUGAUGAAAUCUCCGCAUGCCCAUUUGGCAUAUCGGGCUUUCCAUCUGGAGACGAAGUUUCUGACUUCUGGAACAGCUUUCACGACGAUUUCCAUGUCCUCCUCCACUUCAACUUCAACUGGAGCUGCUGGACUCUCCACUUCUGGAGCCGCCACUGGAACUUCUGGAGCCGGUGCUGGAUUUGAAGCAUCUGGAGCAGCGUCCUCCAUAACUUGA